AUGACGGGCGUCUUGGGGAUGGCCGCUGCACUGGCUUCUGCCUGUGCGGCCAUCCUGGCCGUUGGUGUCGCCGUCAUCGGCAUGCGCUGGGCCCUGAACCGCUGGCGUUACCGCAAAAUUCCAGGUCCCUUUGCGCCGCCCAUCCUGGGCAACCUGCCCGGCCUUGCUCGCCACAGCGGGGGCCUCCAUGAGUACCUGGACGACUGCCGCCGCAAGUACGGCCGCCUGUUCAAGGCGCGUGACCAUUGGGAUUCCGAUAUUGUGUACCUGGGCAGCCGGAUGUUCAUCAUCGUGGCCGACCCCGACAUGGCGCGCCGGGUUCAGUACAAGCUCCUGAACCACGACAAGGCGAUAGGCGUGCAGCUGACCUCUGACAAGAAGGCGGCAGACCCCUCCGCCUCGAGAGGCCUCUUCGUUGCCAGGGACGACGAGUGGCGCGCGCUGCGCAUGGCGUGGCAGCCGGCGUUCUCGUCCGCAUCCCUGGAGGGAUACACUGCCCUGAUGGACGGCUGCGCCCUCAAGCUGUGCGACGUGCUGCAGGGCGCUGCUGACAAGGGCCGGGUGGUGGACGUGUGGCGCGAGGUCGGGAGGAUGACGCUGUCGGUGGUCGGCACUUGCGCGUACGGCGUCGACUUUCACACGAUGAACAGUGCCCCACACGGCGCCAUCGCCGACCCGGAGGCGCACGCUCUGGUGACUGCGGUGCAGCGCUUCUUCGCUAGCGGCCUGCUGUCCGGCACCACCUGGGGGCGGCUGCUGCUGCUGUUUCCAGACGCCAAAGGCCUGGUGCAGUGGCUGGCCGCUGCCAUGCCAGAUCAGGCCCUGAGAGACCUGACUGAGACGGUCGUCUCCACGAGCCGCAAGCUUGUCAACGCCUGGCGCGAGGCCAACGGCUGCCCUGCUAACGCUUCACGGGACGCACACGCGGCAGCCGGCGCGCAGCGGGGGCGGGGCGCCGGCGGCGUGAGCAAGCCUUCCGCGGCAGGCCGGGGAGCGAGGGGCAUCGCGCCGGGCAGCUUCCUGGGUCUCAUGCUGGACAAUGCGCGGUCAACCAAGGAGUUUGAUGACACAACGGUCAUCGCUCAGAGCAACGGCUUCAUCCUGGCUGGCUACGAGACCACUGCCAACACAUUGGCCUAUGCGAUUUGGGCCAUAUCAGCCCACCCCAGGGUGCAGGAGCGCGUGCUGGCGGAGGUCGACGCCUUCGGCCGCUGCCGCGACGUCACCCACGCGGACCUGCAGGGCGACGCCGCCUUCCCCUACCUGCAGGCCACCCUGAAGGAAACCAUGCGCAUGUGA